AUGGUUAAACUGUUUUAUUUUUUUUUUUCAGCUAUUCUACAGGUUACAACUUCCCUCAGCAAGGUGGAAUUAAGUGUUGGAGAAUCAAAAUUCUUUACAUGUACAGUUAUUGGAGAACCUGAUAAAAUAGAAUGGUAUAAUCCACAAGGAGAGAAGAUUAUUUCCAGUCAAAGGGUUGUAGUGCAAAAAGAAGGUAUAAGGUCACGGCUAACAAUAUACAAUGCAAAUGUGGAAGAUUCUGGAAUAUACAGAUGUCAAGCUACCAACUCAAAGGGAGAGUCACAAGAAGCUACAGUUGUACUGGAAAUUUAUGAAAAGCUAACAUUCAAGAAUACAAAAUCACCUCAAGAAUUUAUACAAGAAGAAGAUGCUGAGAUUGUUUGCCAUGUUAGCAGCUCUCCUUCGCCAGUUGUCACCUGGUUAUACAACAACAAUGAAAUUGUAUCAAGUGGUGACAGUAGAUUUGCCAUGCUUGCUAACAACAACUUACAGGUCCUGAACAUAAGUAAAAGUGAUGAAGGAGUAUAUAGGUGUGAAGGAAGAGUGGAAGCGAGGGGAGAAAUUGAUUUUCGUGACAUUAUUGUUGCUGUCAAUGUUCCACCAGUCAUUUCUGUUACACAGAAAUCCCUUAAUGCUACUGCAGACCACCAAGAGUCUAUAAGUUUUGCCUGUCAAGCCACGGGCUCUCCAAACCCAGUUAUUAACUGGUACAGAAAUAACAAUAUUCUUGAAGCAAAUAAUAAGUAUUCUUUGAAAAAAAAUGGGACAGAGCUUGCCAUCAGCAAUAUUGUCAAAAGUGAUGGGGGUUCCUAUUUUUGCAGAGCAACAAACAAAGCAGGGAAGCAAGAAAAGGAAUUGCUUCUCAAAGUUUUUGUACAGCCACACAUUAUAGAUCUAAAAAAUGAAACUACUGUGGAAAAUGGACGGACAGCAAUUUCCUGUGAAGCUGAAGGAGAGCCUGUGCCAGAAAUCUUAUGGAGAAGAGCUAGUGAUGGCAAAUCUUUUUCAGUGGGAGACAAGAAUUCUGGAGAUCGAAUUGAAGUGCGUGGACAAUAUGGAAAGUCGCUGUUGGAGAUCAGAGAUGUUAAACUAUCAGAUGCUGGGAUGUAUGACUGUGAAGCAACAAGUACUAUUGGCGGACACAGAAGGAACAUGUUUCUUGACAUUGAAUAUGCUCCCAAGUUUGUGUCAAAUCAGACCACAUAUUAUUCAUGGGAAGGAAACUCUAUCAACAUAAGUUGUGACAUCAUGGCUAACCCACAAGCGUCAGUCAGAUGGAGUAAAGAAAAAACACCUCUACCUACAAAGGAAAUGGCCAAUGUAAACAUCUAUAAUACUGGAAAGAAAAUGCUAUUAGAGAUUACUCCAACAUCGGACAAUGACUUUGGUCAAUAUAUCUGCACAGCUGCAAACAGAAUAGGAACAACAUUUCAAAUAUACGUCCUUGCACAGGCUGAUGUGCCGUCAAGUCCCAGUGGAUUGAUAAUCAUGAAAGUGUCUCAGACAGUUGCAGAGCUAUCCUUCUCUAAGCCAGAAUCCCAUGGAGGUGUGCCAAUUACACAUUACCAGGUAGAUGUGAAAGAAGUCGCUGCAGAAAGCUGGAGAACAGUCUACUCCAAUGGAAUUCAAACAUAUGUUGUUCUGACCAACUUGGAGCCAAAUACCACAUAUGAAUUUAAAGUAGCAGCAGUAAAUGGAAAAGGAAGAGGAGAAUACAGUGGAAUUGAAAUAUUUCAGACUUUGCCAGUCCAAAAACCAAGCGCACCUAAAGUUCAUGGGCAAGCAGGAAAUGCAAAGAGUUUUAAAAUUAUCAUAACUAAACAAGACGAUGGAGGAGCACCUAUUUUGGCAUAUAUAGUUCAAUUCAGGAGUAAAGAUAAAGGCGAUGAGUGGGAUGAGAAAAAGGUGCUGGGCUACACAGAUCAUAUAACCCUGGAUCAUCUUGAAUGGAAUGUAGGAUAUGAAGUACAGAUCAAAGCAGUGAACAGACUUGGAAAUUCUGAACCAACACUGUAUGAAUUCGUCAUGCCACAAAAGCCAAGUAUUACAGAUACAUUGUUCAGUGGUCUUGGACUUGGUGCAGUCGUUGCCCUAGGUGUCGCUGCUGUCGUAUUAAUCCUAGUCAUUACAGAUGUCAGCUGCUUCUUCAUAAAGCAAUGCGGCCUGCUUAUGUUUAUCACCAGAAAAAUCUGUGGAAAGAAGAGCAGUGCCAGUGGGAAAAGUAAGGAACUAGAAGAAGGCAAAGCAGCAUAUCUGAAAGAUGGAUCAAAGGAACCCAUCGUUGAGAUGAGGCGAGAGGAUAAAAGAAUUGCAAAUCAUGAAGAUGGAAGCCCUGUAAUUGAGCCCAAUGAAACCACACCACUCACAGAACCUGAAAAAUUCCCUCUAAAAGAAGAAAACGGCAAGGAUAUAUUACGUCCAGAAAAUAUUGAAAUUCAACUUUCCAAUGAUAUCAUUCAGAAGACUGAAGAUGACAGCAAAGCAUAGUGGAAAUACAAAUAUUGCCUUUUAGUACAAUACUACUGAAAAAAGAACGUGUCAGAACGUUGAUGCUAAGAAUAAUUUCUUCAUUACUAGUUGGACAAUGGAAUCUUUGUGAAAACUAGUGCUGGUACAAGAUUAUUGAGUUUAAAAGUGCAAUGAGUGGCUCUUAAAACAUCAGGCCUCAUGAACUUUGAGACUCAGUUCUUUUUCAACAGACAUGAAAUCUGGCGUCAGAUAAUCAACAUUUGUACCGGUUCAAAAAUUGCUGAACUAUUCAGACCUGUGUGAACCUCAACAUCUCAAACCGAUAUUCAUGCCCUGAUGUUCUAAAGUUCAUUUCAGAAUUUAUUAUCCAAAAAUAUUUUAAUUUUUUUUCAUUUUUUUUUUAUUUCUCAGGCUUGUCUCUGAUUGCUACUUGCUUUGAAACCUAAGAUGUUUGUGGAUCUCUAAAUUUGUUAUGGCUAUUGUUCAUUUCUUUAACAGAUCUAAGCAGGACACAUAUUUAUAUAACAGGAUGUAGACAACAUGUAAUAUAUUUGAAGAGAUAGAAUGAUUCCAUUGUGUAUGCAUGUCAUAGCAGUGUUCUGAGGUCAGAGGAUACAGAAUCAGAGUACUGUGUCAUUCAAGUCAUGUGUACAUUGUAUAACUGUAAUACACCAUCCAGGAUUAUGGCAGUCUACAAAAAGAAGCCAGUUAUGUCUAAGGGUGAAAUCUUUUUUUCUUUUUAAGCAAAACAGAAAUGGACAUUAUUUUAAAAGAGCAACUUUAAGUUCUUCAUAUUCAUAAGUUUAUUUAGAGUUUACUUACUUCUAAAAUUUAGUCACUUGUAAUUACUGAGGGUAUCUAAGCCAGUAAUAAUUUCUAGAAAAGGUUUGAAAAUAAACAUUUAUUGAAACUACAGUAUAAACGUACCAUGCAGAUUUCAUUUAAUUUAUCUUGUAUCUCAGAAUGUAUUGACCAUAAUGAAUUACUGACAACACAACACAGAAUUUUGGAAGUAACUGUUUCAGUAGUGCAGGCUGUAAAAUUUGAAAAUGUGAGGCUGCCUGAUUGUGGUUCAGUUGUUCAAAGCUUAAUUCUUCAAACCUUAAAAAAAUCGAAUACUCAAGAAUGUAAUGUCCCCAAAAAUUGAAACUAUUUUACACAAUAAGAGAUCAAUUAUUCUUCUGCAAGGUCAUAAUUACAAAUCCACUGUGAGCUUAUCUAUGUGGAGACAGCUUCAUGCAUUUACCCUGACAGUUAAAGGCAUUAUACCUUACAUCAGCACAGCUCAAACAAGCACUGUUUUUUCUUAAACAGCAAGUCUUGAAGUGUUCAUAAUAAAUCAUAUAGUGGACUGGUCAAAGAAUCAUGUAUUGGGCAAAUGACCACCUUUCGGGCUACUGAAAUAAAGAUCUCUCACAUCUGCUAUACUGAAGCAUUACCAAAGACUUAGACAUUUCUUAUCAGUAUUUAAUACAUCAGUGUCUACAUUUCCCUGUGCUUGUAAAAUUGGAAAAAUGGCAGUAGAUGUUUAAUUUGAUGGCACUGGAUUAUGCAGAUGAAAAAGAAAUGCAGCCCAGGAAUCAUUAAAUCAGAAGAAGAAAUGUAAACAGCCAGAUAUAUUCUUCAAUUUUUACUUCUGGGGGUGGGGGGGUGGGGUGGCUAGAAUUUGAUGUGGUGAUAGACAAUAUGCCUUGAGAUUAAUUAAUAUGAUUAUUCUAGUUAGCGUAUGGGUAAGUCAAUACGUGCCAUUUGUUGUGUUCUGUGUAGAGUGGGCCAUAGACAUGGGCAUUGGCACUAUCCUUGGCAUUAACUAUAAAUGAACACUUACAGUAAUCAAAAGAUAUAGCAUGCUUGUGUUGGGUAUUUCAGCCAGUCACAGCAGAAUACGUAUUGUUCUUUUUCCUGGCUAUUUAAUAAGUCACUGUCAACAUUUUUAGUAAAAGAACAUUUUAAUAAAAUUUGCUUUACGACA